AUGGAUACUCAAUAUGUUAGCUGCGAUACUCAAAGAAAACGUGAGAAAAGAAAGAAUGAAACACCUGAACAAUGUGAAAUAUGCCAAAUUCGAGAUCACAAAAAAAAACAUGCAAAGAGAGCGGCGGAAAUGUCAGAAGAGCGAGAAGUGUGUCUUACAAACUAUUCUGAUAACGAAAGCAGUGAACAGAUGAGACAAGAGAAUGAAUUGAAUAGUGAGGAACAGCAAGCGCAAGAUGGUAAUAUCCAAGAGAUUCUAAUUAAUACAACUACAGAUGCUAAUAAUGAUAGCAGUGAACAGAUAAGACAAGAGAAUGGAUUAAAUAGUAAGGAACAGCAAAUGCAAGAUGGUAAUGUUCAAGAGAUUCAAAUUAAUACAGCUACAGAUGUUAAGCCAUUCCCUGCUGCUGUUCUUAAUGAGCUUGAUCGAGACCUUCUAUGUAAAUUUUGA